AUGUCAGAAAUAGUAUCGAUAUUUCUCGUUCAAUUUGACGUUAAAGUGGGUUAUAAAAUCGUGUGGUCAAAGUCAACGAUUGAUAUUUCUCUUGACGGUAUUGAAUUCAAAUGUUUACCUUCAGGAAUCGAAGAAUUUUCUGAAGAUUUAAUUCCCUUUACUCAUUUCCAUAAUGACGAGAUUUAUUAUGGGGUUAGUAAGUUCCGUCAAAAUAUGAAGACUGAUAGAGAUCAAAUCAAAAUGUUCAGUGUUGGAGUAUUAUGUAAACCUAAAAACAAUUCAUGGAUGCCAAAUAGUUUCAUCUCCAAUGGAUUUCAGUACGUACCUUGUUUAGAUGAUUUAUUGUCAGAUUAUAUCAAUGGUAAUGAUAGACUCACAGUCCCAGAAUUUAAAUUUGAAGAUAUAAGACCAAGGAAAUUUGUCUCCCCGUUAUUGAGUUUACCUUCCUUUUUGAAUAGAUUUGGACCUUUGAUUUUCAGAAUAUUCAAAUUGAGUCUUCUCCGUAAGAAUAUAAUCAUUGUCAAUAAGUCCAAAAGAGAUAAUUAUGAAUUGGCUAUAUUCACAUACUUAAUAUCAAUUAUAUCUUUAAUUCCUUCGAUGAAAAUUGAUGUCAAACAACCUCAUUAUUCUCAACCACUUUAUAACAUAAGUUUGAAUGAUAUCGAGAAAUUACCUCCCCAUUAUAUUGCUGUUACCAAUGAUGAAAUCAUUUUAAAUCAACCGGUGUAUGACAUAGCUAUCAUAAUUGAUGAAACACCUAAAAUAAUGACAUAUGAAUCCAUCAGAUCAGGUAAAAACAUCAUUUCAAAAGCUACAUACAAUGAUUAUUUGAAGUUUAAGGUUAUUUAUGAAGAAUUAAAGGAUGACGCAGCUUCCAUUGCCAACUCAUCUUCAUCAAUAAACUUAUCCCAAGUAAAUAAUACUAGAUGGGGCUAUGAAACUAGUUGGUGGGAUAACGUUACUCCAGUUUCAUGGACUCAAUAUAUUUGGUCAGCAUUUAGUUGGUUUGCAUCUGCGGGUCAAAUGAAUGAUGAUGUAGUAGAUAGAGUGGUUACAAGAGAAGAUACAGUACCAUCGAUCGAACAUCCAGUCAUCAACCAUAGAGGAAGUUUCAAUUCACAAUUAUCUCAAUUGACAAUGUUUGAAGGUGAUGUUUUGGAAUUUGUGGAAAUUGUAGGUUUCUUCCACAAAUUAACAAAAAAAUGGAUUUAUCUCAUCAAUGAGAUAGUUAUGGAUGAAUUAUAUCAUGGAGAAGUUGAAAUCAACUAUUCUGAUUUGGUUGAUUUAGAAUUAGAUCCUUAUUCGGAAGGUGAUAUUGAAUUCUUGAAGGAAUUUGUAAUGAACUAUUGGGAUGUCGAUAGUGUUGAAAUUUCUUCAGGUUUGAAAUUCUUCUGUUAA